AUGCGCGUCCUCUCAUCCUCAGAUCCACCUUCAAGUGCAUGCACUCUCCCUGCAGCGCUGGGUCCCGCGACCCAGCUGACCUGCAUGUCCCUGGUCAACGGGCAGUUGCAGAUUGACAGCACCGAGUCUAUGCGCUACUUCACCGGAAACGACGCCAAUCCAUCCCCAGCGUUGAAAAAGAACGUCCGCGACGGCCUGAAGGCAUUUUUGCGUCGACCACUCAAGGACAAGGCGUUCAAAGGAGGUCGAUUGGAUAACGUUUUCGCGAUGUGUGUAGGCGCCCAACGGAGCGCCGAAAUGCUCGAGGCUGAUGUCGUUACCUGGCGCGGGAUUCUCACCAAGAUAAUGAUGCGUGCGGACCUCAGCCUCGCCGUCUCGUAUUUCGAUGGGACUCUGUACCUCGAGGAAGACAGCACCCAAACCCGGUUCGACGUGAACCUCGAGGGGAACUACACUGGGUCAGUCAUUUUGCGCAAGCUGACUACAAAAUGGUUUAAAGCCACGUCUAGGCAUAAGUUUGAAACACUGUCUUCGAGGCCUUCCACUGGAGGCACAAUGGCCGAUGAUGUGGAUAUGCAUACCCUCUGGGCGGUCGGUAUAAAACGUCGACUAGGCACGCUCGAUAUCGUACUCGUCGGCGAAGUUGACUGUGUCGACGCCCAAUACUCCCCCGCCGAACCGAGUCCAUCGCACUACGUCGAGCUCAAAACGCGCAAAUUCGAGUCCCCGCAGCUUAGAAACCUCGCGCGAUGGGACAUCCAAUCGGGCCUCAUCGACUGCCCGCGCAUCUUCGUCGGGUUCCCGGACCGCGCCGGCGUCGUGCGCGAGACGCGGAACCUCCCCGUGUUCCCGAUUCCGCAGGACAAGCUCGACUGGUGCGCGCGGGUGCUCCACGCGCUGAUCGACCUGUGCGCCGCCGAGCAUGGGGAUCGGACGGGCGGGAUCAACGUGUGGCAGGUGCGGAUGAAGGACGGGGAGGUGCACGCGAAUUUGAUGAGCGAUCGGCAGGUCGCGCGGAUGAAUGCCGAUGGACCACGCAAGAAUGGCAUUCUCCCAAUGACCUUCUUGGCUGCACUGGCGAAAAGCAAGGGGAUGGCUUGA